AUGGGCUUUUGGAAGCGCGUUUUGUUGACCUACAAUGAGUUCAAGCCGAGAGGCGCCAAACCGCGUGACGCGGAACAGAUCCGGAAAAAGUUUGGGAGGAUUCUGACACCCACCAGGAAGUUCGCGGGCAUCUACGGCAACAACCUUCUCAACGGCGAGAGUGGCCGCAACGAAGCCGACGUGAAGGCUGCAUACGUGUCCCACGAUACAACGCGGUAUGGAAGCCUAAGUUCACCCAUUGGGAGGAGUUUCUCGUUCUCGAGAAUCUGCCCGAAAUUCAAGUCCAUCUGUGCGAGAGGAGGCCGAAGGUCACGGGCGAAGCGCAAUAGACGCAACAGAGCCGAGAACUACAGCAGCAGCAGCGGCGGACAAUCAAUCGACCUCAACGACGCCCAAACGGAGGAGCCCUUUGAUACACACACUAGGCGCUCACGCCCUCCGGGGCAGAAGGCCGGUAUCCGCAGCGCCCGAAUGUCUGCGGGUUCUUCCGCUACUCGGCGCCCGCGUCUGGAUCGCGCAGCGCGCAGGCGCCUUCUGGAGCUCAGUCCGGUGGACCAUGGUGCCCAUGUGGUCUUGAACAGGAACCUGAAUGUGCAGUUGAUGAAACAACUGCAAGAGAACUGCCGUUUCUACGAGUCGGCCACCGACCCGAUCACCAAGGCGAUAUACUAUGAGCUCAUGUGUAGGAUCAGAGAGGAUCUGGGGCUGGUCCAGCAGCGCUGGGUGCGCCAGGGGCAGGGGCGGCGGCGCCGGGGGGAGUGGGCGGCGAAGAAGAGGCAGAGGAUUCCGACUCCGCCACCGAGUAGAUGCUCAAACACUGAGUCUGAUGUUCUUCCAAGAGGACGUAUAUACCAUGAAACUUAUGGAUGCCAGAUGAAUGUCAAUGAUAUGGAGAUUGUCCUGUCUAUCAUGAAGAAUGCUGGAUAUAGUGAAAUUGCUGAAGUUCCUGAGAGUGCAGAGAUUAUAUUCAUAAAUACGUGUGCGAUAAGAGACAAUGCAGAACAGAAGGUGUGGCAGAGACUUAAUUACUUUUGGUUUCUUAAGAGGCAGUGGAAAAGUAAUGUUGCUACAGGAAGAUCACAGUCCCUGCAUCCUCCAAAAGUUGUUGUCUUGGGAUGUAUGGCCGAGAGGCUCAAGGAUAAAAUAUUGGAUUCAGAUAAGAUGGUUGAUGUUGUAUGCGGGCCGGAUGCUUAUCGGGACUUGCCACGGCUGUUAGAGGAAGUGGACUCAGGCCAGAAAGGGAUCAACACACUUCUCUCGCUUGAAGAAACUUAUGCUGAUAUCAAUCCAGUGCGUAUCUCGAAGAAUUCAAUAAGUGCAUUUGUCUCUGUUAUGAGGGGUUGCAAUAAUAUGUGCUCAUUUUGCAUUGUUCCUUUCACUAGGGGCCGGGAGAGAUCACGUCCUGUGGAAUCCAUCGUUAGGGAGGUGGCAGAACUUUGGAAGGAAGGAGUCAAAGAAGUAACUCUUCUUGGGCAAAAUGUGAACAGUUACAAUGAUACGUCUGGUGUUGAAGAGGUUGAAUCUGGUGGGAACUGGAAGUAUAGUGAUGGUUUUUCUAGCAGAUACAAUGUCUGCAAAAGCAUCCAUUUGCCUGCACAGUCUGGCAGCAGUACAGUACUGGAAAGCAUGCGCAGGGGGUAUACCCGGGAAGCAUACUUGGAUCUUGUUAAACACAUACGCUCUAUAAUUCCUGAUAUUGGGAUAAGCAGUGACUUCAUAUGUGGAUUUUGUGGGGAAACAGAGGAGGAUCACGAGGAUACUUUAAGCCUCGUGACGGCUGUUGGCUACGACAUGGCGUAUAUGUUUGCUUACAGCAUGAGGGAGAAAACACACGCCCACAGAAACUAUGCUGACGAUGUUCCUGAUGAUGUAAAGCAGAGGAGACUAACAGAGCUUAUCUCAGUUUUCCGGGAGAGCACAGGUCAGUGUUUUGACUCCCAAGUUGGCUCAGUCCAACUCGUGUUAGUUGAAGGGCCCAACAAGAGAGCCCCUGACACUGAGCUCAUCGGGAAGAGUGAUAGAGGCCACAGGGUAUCAUUUGCCAUUCAUCCUGUUCCAGAUAGAAGUGAUAACGAUGUUAUAAGGAACCCAAAAGUUGGUGACUUCGUGGAAGUUCACAUACUAAAAUCUACGAGGGCAUCACUUCACGGACAAGCAAAAGCCAUCACAACGUUGAGCUCGUUUCAUGCUGAUACGCGUGGAGAGCCUCUUGCCUGUCUCAAUGGAGCCUAGAGCUCUUUC